AUGGAGAAUGAUUAUAAAAGUUUGGAAAAUGCAAUAAGAGUGAUUUCUCAGAUCUUCUACUAUCUGACAUUUCUCCUCGGAGUUCCUGGAAAUGUCUUGGUUGUGUACAUCGCUGGAAUGAAGAUGAAGAGGACCGUUAAUACGAUAUGGUUCCUUAAUCUAGCGAUUGCAGACCUCCUGUGCUGCUUUUCCACACUGUACUUUGUGGUAGAGAACUUUCUUGGCAAAAACUGGCCAUUUGGAUCUGUCAUGUGCAAGAUUCUUCCAUUGGUUAUGCAUGUCAACAUGUUUGCCAGUGUCUUCAUCUUGAGUUUGAUUAGUCUGGAUCGGUUUACACAGGUGAUCACACCAGUUUGGGCUAAAAAUCACCACAGUCUUUUGCUUGUGCGACUGUCCUGUGCAGUGGCCUGGGUCCUGGCUAUAGCUCUUAAUGUGCCCUUUGUGAUAUUAAGAGAAACUAAAACAGAACACAACAACACAUACUGCCUGUUUUAUCGUGAUGACCUUUAUGAAAUGUAUACAAGGUUUAGUUUCAUCAGGUUUGUGUUUGGUUUUUUGAUUCCUCUCAUAUGCAUCAUGACAUGUUAUGGAUUCAUCGCACGAAAGUUAGGCAGGAGUCAUUUUCACUCUGGACGAGCAUUUCGCAUCAUGUCGGCUGUUAUUGUGGCCUUUUUUCUGUGCUGGCUGCCAUACCACACUGUGGAUUUAAUAAUAUUGUAUGCUGGGAAAUCAAGUAUUUUGGUGGCCUUGGCAGUGAACCCACUGGUCAUCUCUUUGGCGUUUUUUAACAGCUGCCUGAAUCCGGUUCUGUAUUUUUUCAUAGGGCAGAAUUUUAAGGAGAAAUUUAAGCUUUCAUUAAAGUUAAAACAUGUUUUUGAAAGAGCUUUCUCUGAGGAGGGGACACAAAUGUAAUGAUCCACCGAAGUGCAACAAAUGCAAUCAUUGUAG